CUCGUAGUCGUCGAAUCUCAGUGAUUGUCUUAGCUUUUACCCUCUAUGAUUCUGUGUCUGAAGUUUGAUUGUGUAAUUGCGGUGUCUCACUCGGCUGAUCUGUGUUAAGAGGCUAGUUUUCAAAAGACUUGUUUUUUUUCUUUCGUUCUUAGGUCAUGUGCGAUACGACCCUUGGUAACUGCCAGGGGUUUGGAAGGAGGGAGUGCGAGAAUUAUCUUGGUAGGGUAGUAAAUCCUUGAGCUCAAGCAUACUUGAGCGUUUCGUCGAUACGUUUUCUUAAUAAAAAGCCGUUGAAGUCGCUACUAAGGCGGAUGUGAGAGGGUUGAGCUGUCCAAAAAAGGCUUCUGCCGUGCUGUCACUCGAUAGCCUCUUUUGCACGCAGUAAUUGGGAGAGAGAUUGCAUGCCAGGGUCAUGGCAGUUACAGUGUCGCGGGUCGUGGAAAGCUGUGCCAACAGAAACGAAGAAGAACUGCUGGAAGUGAACUAUAAAGAAAACGGGAAACAGGAUUGGAAAGAGGAGCGAAACGGGCCCACGUGCUAAGCAACGAAGUGGUGAAGAAGCCAUCGGUCCCAUCACUCGCAGAGCUUCGAAAUACUGCGGGCAAGCUGAAAGUGAUUGUGGUAUGCUCUCGUGGGUGCGGGCUUUGAUCAUCUGGGGCUGAGAACGGCGAUGUAUGCAAGACGAGAGAGAGAGGGAAAGGUUGAGAAGGUAUAUCGAAAGAGGGUUAGACAGAGGCUAUUGAACUGAACAGCAUGACAUGCGCUUUUGCUUUUCAUUAGAAUUAUGUGAAGCAGCUUGCUCUCAUUGCUUCACCACCGUUGGUACAUGAAACGGUUUGGGUGGUCCUGACUCGCUGGUGGAUAAGGAAUUCACAGUAUCACACGGAUGUAGCUUAGGACUUACCAUCAAACACAGAUCACAUCGCGCCAUCUCCUCCUCUUUAAUAUUAUCCAUCUUCGACCGCGGCCUUUUCUUUCCAUUUAUUCGCUUUGGAAUGUCGAUUGUUGAUCAGGUGCUGUGAGGGGGAUUUGGUUGCGAGAAAAUUCCGUGAGUUUGGUUUUGUGGGCCCGGAUGACUUGCAGAGUGGGGCUUUGUCGCGAGGGUGAUUUCUCGGCGGAAUGAGAAUUGGGACAAUGAGCUUUGAGUUUCCGAAUUGUAGGAUGGGAUGCAGUGCGUGGAGAGUCAAUGUUUAGGCAGAUUUGCAUUGGUGAUACGUACUAGAUUUUGCGAGGCGACGUAAAAAUCCGGCGCUGAAGCGUGAGAAAUUUGGGUUUCCAUCGCCAACUGAGAUGUUGGAGUGAGAAUUAGGUUCUUGCAACGGAGGUGCUCGGUUUGUUGUCGCAAUGUCGAUCCCUACGUUGUUGCUGAAUCGUGGGAUUGUAGUGUCUGGACCUUCGGCAUCGGUAUGUGCUCCGAGUAAACUUGGAUGGAAGCCGCUCCCUCUGGUUAGAAUCCCCUCUUAUGGAUUAACUGGGAGAGUUUCUAGGGUCAUUGCGUGUGCGGCACCUUGUGAUAGUUUGGAGGUUACAGCACCAGUUGCAGGGAAAUUUGAGUUUGGAAGUGCCCCUUUUGACUCCAGCGUUCUGCAAUGUGUGAGAGAUGGGUUAGUCUUCCAAGAAGGACGCACGCCAGAGAUUAUUCGAGCGGCGGCUUAUUUGCGGGCUCUCUCAUUUUAUACGUAUCCUGAAGGCCGUGGCGAAGAAGCCAUCAGGUUGCAUCGCAAGAUGAAGGCAGAAGAUGAAUUUACUGCUCUCACCUCCAAAGUCGCGGGUCUCGAGCAAGGCUAUAAACGCAUUGUCUGUAUUCUGGCACUCUACCCUCUCUCCUGCCUCCCUGAUCGGUCUCUCGUCGAUCUACACCCUGCCUUAAAGGUUACGUUGGCAAAUGGCGAGGAGCAUGUGCUCGUGGGAUCGCUUGAUUUGAGUCAAGGCAAAGUUCUACCAGGAGAGAUUGUUGGGAGUAAACCCCAGGGCAGUAGUGCUGAGCGUGAAAGAGGCUACCUUUCAAACGUAUGCGUGGCGCCUUUGAUGCGUCAAAGAGGCAUUGGUGUGGCCCUUCUGCUGCAGUCCCAGAAGAUUGCUCAGCAUUGGGGGAUAACUAGUUUGUAUGUCCAUGUCGUGGUCACAAACGACGCUGCUGUCAAGCUCUACAGCAAAGGUGGAUUCAUCCUUGAGAAGGAGGAAACUGCCUCAGAAGCGAGGAACCAAGCCCGACCACGUCGCAAGUUAUUACACAAAUUCAUUUGAGCUCUAGUCUUAAGGAAUCUAAAGCAAGCUUUUUCCAAAGUGCUCUGAACUGAUCUCCAACGGGUAAGGUCACUAGCUCAUACCACGGUUGUAGUCUAUGGCUGCACAGAAUAUCUCUCAUUGCUAGAAUAUGCAAUUGCAGGAUUUACAAGCGUCCCUAGUAGAUUUUAAUCAGUACAAACUGCGUGUAGAUUAGAGUUCCUAUUUCAAUGUAGACUAAAAACUUCGAUGCAUACUCACUGGCUCCAGGAUAUAGCUCAGCAAACACAGGUGUGCAGUUUCAUCUCCUCUUGCUCUUUUGGGUGAACCAUUACUGGUCUACUAUCACCUUACGCUCACAAAUUCUCUCAGUGCUGUGCUAUUUGGCACUAUUACACUUAAAAGUGUAGCUGAAUCGAAAAUUUUCAGAUUUUUUCCUCCCUCUGAGACAUUAUGGAAGGACUUGCAAUGA